UUCCUUGCCUUUUGGAAAUUGGUGGAGCCAGCAGCCAACACCAAGAUGGUGCGGAUCACCAACGCCAAGGCAUCCUCUGCCAGCAGCUCGGAUUCCUCUCAACCAUCAACAACGAAACUUCCACCCAUAGAUGAGCUGCUGCUGUUCCUCAUGCACCUGUCAGUGGGCCUACAUCUGAGGGAUCUAGCAGAACGGUUUGGCAUUCACCGCACCACAGUCAGCAGAAUUAUUUCCACCUGGACACACUUCCUCUACCAACUGCUUGGAAGCAAACGUCUGUGGAUCCCACGCGAAGUUGUCAAAGCUCACCUUCCACCAGAGUUUUCAGCUUUCCCUGACACACAAGUGGUGCUUGACUGCACUGAAGUAUUCUGCCAGACUCCAUCAUCUCUCCUGCUGCAGAGUGAGGUGUUUUCUACAUACAAGUCGCAUGCUACAUUCAAGGCCAUGAUCGGCAUGGCACCACAUGGUGCCAUUACAUUUGUGUCUGGUCUGUAUGCAGGAUCUAUGAGUGACCGGGAGAUCUUCAAGCUGUCUGGCAUCGUGAGCCUGCUCACACCAGACAUGGCGAUAAUGGUCGACAAAGGGUUCCUUGUGGACAAUCUGGUUGAGUGUAAAGUGUACCGGCCUGCCUUUCUGCACAAAAAAACCCAAAUGAGCAGGGAGGAUGUCAGGCAGACUCAAUCCAUUGCACGUCUGAGGGUCCAUGUGGAGAGGUGCAUCAGAAGAGUCAAAGAGAACAAACUAUUUGACAAAGCCAUACCACUGUCUGUGUGUGGAAGCAUUGAGGAGCUCUUCAAUGUGGCUUGCUUCCUGGUCAACUACCAGAACGGACCGCUGGUAAAAGCAUGGGCAAGCCUGGGCAGCAAUUAGUGAUGGGAAUUAUGGCUCUUUGAAGGGAAAAUAAGCGAAAUAAUCACCAGGAUAAUGAUUGACUGUAU